ACACUUACACACACACACACAUUUACACACAAACACGCACACACACACACAUUUACACACAAACACUUACACACCCACACACACACACACAUACAUUGGAGCAAAUAUGAGUGAAGAUAAAGCAGCUGAAAGCAUGGAACCUGCUCCUGCAGUGCCAGUAUCAGCUCCAGCACCAGCAGAGAUUAACUCUAUUGCCAAUGGGAAAGGCCAUGAGACUGGGGAGGAAACCACAGCAGCAGCAAAAACACCACCAGGAGACACCACAGAGCAGGAAAUUGUUCCCAAUAGUGCCCAAAAUGUCAGAAGUGAGGAUCCAGAGGCCAACCUCGCAGAGAGUCAGGAGUUCCUGUCUAACAUGGAGGACAAAAAGACCACACGCUUCACAGAUUUUGAGGGGAAAACCUCUUUUGGAAUGUCAGUGUUCAACUUGGGCAACGCCAUCAUGGGAAGUGGAAUUCUGGGAUUGUCGUAUGCCAUGGCCAACACAGGGGUCGUUCUAUUCCUGGUGCUCCUGACAGUAGUGGCUGUCCUCUCAUCUUACUCCAUCCACUUGCUACUCAAGUCAUCUGGCAUUGUGGGAAUCCGGGCUUAUGAGCAGCUGGGCCAAAGGGCAUUUGGAACGCCAGGCAAGAUGGCUGCUGGCAUCGCCAUCACACUGCAGAACAUCGGAGCCAUGUCCAGUUACCUGUACAUCGUGAAGUAUGAGUUCCCUCUGGUCAUCCAGGCCUUCCUGGGGGUCGACAAGCCAUCAGGUGAGUGGUACUUGAAUGGGAACUACCUGGUCAUCAUGGUGUCCAUCAGUGUCAUCCUGCCUCUGGCUUUGAUGAAGCAGCUAGGGUACCUGGGCUACACCAGUGGCUUUUCUCUCACCUGCAUGGUCUUCUUCCUCAUCUCGGUCAUUUAUAAGAAGUUCCACACCCACUGUCCCUUUUUGGACUUUACCUUUAACAGCACAGCCAGUGUGACUUCUGUUACCAAUGACACUGGUUACAACCCAGCCUGCAUUCCGAAAAUGGUCAACCUCAACUCACAGACGGCCUACACCAUCCCAAUCCUGGCAUUUGCCUUUGUGUGCCACCCUGAGGUCCUGCCCAUCUACACCGAGCUCAAAAACCCCACCAAGCAAAGGAUGCAGCAUGUGUCCAACAUCUCCAUUGUAGUCAUGUACACCAUGUACUUCCUGGCUGCUCUGUUUGGAUACCUGACCUUCUAUGGUGAGGUGGAGUCAGAGCUGCUGCACACCUACAGCCGUCUGGACCCGUACGACACCCUGAUCCUGUGUGUCCGUCUGGCCGUGCUCACUGCUGUCACACUCACCGUCCCCAUAGUGCUCUUCCCUGUAAGGAGAGCCAUCCAGCAGUUGUUUUUCCCCAACAAGACAUUCUACUGGCCCCGUCACAUUGCCAUCGCUGUCACACUGCUCACUCUCAUCAACAUGCUGGUCAUCUUUGCGCCUAACAUCCUGGGCAUUUUCGGCAUCAUUGGUGCCACAUCUGCCCCCUGCCUCAUCUUCAUCUUUCCUGCUGUUUUCUACAUCCGCAUCGUACCUGAAGAGGAGGAGCCCAUGCGCUCCACCCCCAAAAUCCUGGCUGCCUGCUUCGCUGGAAUAGGCUUCCUGUUUAUGAUAAUGAGCCUGAGCUUUAUCCUCAUUGAUUGGACGUCGGGGAGUAGCAAAGCCAGCAGCGGUCACUAGACGGCUUUUACCGUCUUCAGUUUUUAUGUUGUAAAUCUAGACCUGUAUGGUAUUUUCUCUGUGUUUUCAUGGGUCAUAUUUUGUAGAGGAUGUACAAUCUCUUCCUCCAGAAAGAGUGGGCCAGAGUGUCUAGAAAUGGCGAGUUCAGUCUUCUGGAGAUUUCUGCUCCCCGCUGGACAAAGAUAGUGCAUUCGAAACAAAUGUAAAGUCAAGCUGGCUCACUGAAUCUGCCACCACCUCCCAUUCCAGCCCUGCCCCCAGACCAGACCCAUAACCCAUUACCCUAUACACGUGUACUCUGUGAAUCACAGCAAGAAUCUAACUGCCAAACUUUAGUCUAAACAACCAUGUAGCUUUCUUCGACAGUAGGGGAGAAGAAGGCACAACAGAUCGUUGGGGGCUGGACAGUUAUUUUAUAUUUGUAGCCAAAGUCUACUGUAUUAAUUUAUUCAUGAAAUUAGGUAAUGGCAAGAUUCUGUGCAAUAGCUGAGGAAAUGUGGCAUUAAAAGCUAUUGGACAGUGGCAUCAUCCAGUGACCCGUGCUGCUGUCACCCUGGUGGCCAGGUGUCAUCUUACUAGACGCUCGGCUUCAGUCCUCACAGAUAUCAGAGGAUGGAACCAUACAACUGAUAUGCGACUGUACAGUGUAUACAGUGUGUAUAGAGUAGGUUGACUCUACCAUUACAGUAGAGUAUGAUAUAUAUACAGAGAGAUUUAUUUUUUUAUAACUUUUAUUUGAUAAAGGGUAUAAUAUGGACCUUUUGAGUCUAUCCUCAGCAACAGUAUCAAGGCUAUCAUAUCACAUUGGUGUGUCUCUUUGUUACUUGCACUGAACCAUAUCAUAUUAUUAUUAUUAUAUCAGAAUAGCUUUUUCAUGGUUCAAGGAGCAGCUCUGAUGUCUAAAAUUGAAGGAAUGCCUGGCUAUAAUCUCAGUAUGAGGGUCUAUUUUAGAGGUGGAGGUUAUCGUUAACUUGGUCCUGGAUCGGUGGGGGUGUAUAUCUCUGCAUUGUCAUGUUGUUUCUGAACAUUUACUGAACGUGAUCCGAGAUAACCCAAAAAUAUAAAGAAAACUCACGGUGUCAAUUCAUUAUGUGGAGAAUCAAGGAUGACGUGUGUAAAUAUGGUUAUUUCCAGGACAAGCUUGUUUUUCCCCCUAACUAAAGUUCAGUCUAGUGUCAUGGUGCCAUGAUAAGCACACAAUGUGGUAUCAAUGCCUCUUUAACAUCACUGCGAAGUAGGUGGUUAGUUAUAGCACUGUCAUCUGAUAUGUACAACUUCUUCCUAUAGCCAUUAAUCAAUUGAAAUGCAAACAGUUUAUUUGUAAGAUACUCAUACGUUUUAUAGAUAUGAUUUUAAGGGACAACCCUUUAUAAUACAAAUGUCAAUCUCUGAAGCCUAAGUAAAUAGUAUAAUCCUAUGUAUGUUACAUUACAAAACAAUAUGUAUUUAAGGUCUAACAUGGUACAAAGACGUUUCCUCCAACGACUUGAAGCUCUUUCUCUCCUGUUCUGUCUGCAUAGUGUUUAGCAGCCCUGCAAUGAUUUAAAGUGUGAACAUGGUGUGUGAACAUGGUGUGUACAUGGUGUGUACAUGGUGUGUACAUGGUGUGUGAUCAUGUACAGUGGAUAUACUGUAAGGAUUGUGAGUGUGUCUGUGUUGUUGAAAUGAAACAUGGCUCUACCAUCUUUUAAUUGUGGUACUUACUUAUACACUAUUGUAUUGUGAAACGAUCAAUGGAUACAUGAACCAUAAGUGUAAUGUGUAAAUCCCAGGCUUAUGAAUCCCAUUGACUCUUACCAAAUUAGUCAAAUAAGAUUCAAAACCUGACUAUGAACCUUUCAUAAUCUCAGACUGCUCUGUUGUCAGGUAUGAGUGGAAUAGUAUUUCUGGUCAGUUUCUAAGCAUCUCUGUAGCUGCUUUCGGGGACUGUCUGCCAACUCUUGCAGGUGUAGAGCAGGUUUGAUACAGUAGUCAGAUGGAAUGUCUCCUGUCUCUCUCUGUUGUUUUCCUUGUGAUGAAGUUACAGAUUCCACACUACAGUGAAUGCUGUAAUUUUGAAUAUGAGUAUUGUAUCAUUGUGCUGUCAAACUUGGUUGUAAAGCGCAACAAACUCUUCUCUCAAUCAAUCAUUAAUACAUGUUUCCUUAAAGAAUAACCAGUCUGCAUGAGCCGGUAUACAGUACAUCAGGAUCAGCCAGCUCUGCUCUCUCUAUCUAUUACUCAUUUAUUUAAUAGCUUAAUGGAUGAAUGUGUUUCUAUUUAAAUAAAGAUCCGUGUUUAAAGUCAUAUUUUAACAACAUGUUUGUGUUAUUCUGAUUUCAUAUACAACUGGUAUGUUAUUCUCUGACAGAUCAGCCCUUACACAUACCAUGUGUAACACCAGGGGGAGACAUUCUGAAAGUGGCUGAGAUGAUAUCUGACUGUCUGGUAACGCUCCUUAUACAGUUCUCUCAUUUCCUUGUGUGAUUAAAUGAAAUUGGUAUAGUUCAUGAAAUAUCAACUUCAACCAGCAUUUCUAAAUAAUGUAUAUAAAUGUAAACCCUUUAUAUUCAAUAUGCAUAUCUAGUUUGUAUAAUGUAAAAAGCAAGAACUGUAGUUUUAGUCAGAUAAUUAAAAAGAGAAAUGUAAUCAUUUUAAAGUGCUUUUAAACUAUUUUUCCCUUCAUUUUAUGUCUUUAUUUUAUUGAAUGUCAAUAUAUUUGAAUACAUUGCUGGCAUUUAUUGUACUGUAAACAAUGUGGCAAUAAAAAUAAAUAAACAUUAUUUAUUUUUUUCAUCAUGAUUUUGGAACUUCUAAAUCUGUCCUAUUGCACCAAAUCUGUCCCUCCCUAUGACGCUAUGUACAAUAAAAGGUAUAAUACA